AGCAGAAGGAGGAAGAAGAAAAAAUUAGAAUGGCUUGUCAAGGGCUUUGGGAAUAAAAAAAAAAAAUAUAUCAGUCACCCCGUAAGGGUUGAUAGGUAAAGAAAAAAAAAAAAGAAGGAAAAAGAAAUGCUGAUCGAUCACUCAAAUCCGUCCUUCCGUCGUCGAGUUUGUUCCGUGAAAAUCGUCUUAGUUAUUAUUCCUCCUUCAUUUACGAUCAUAUAUUGGGGAUCUUCGAUCUUCGAAUAAAUAAAUAAAGAGAAGAGAUAGAUACCUAGGAUAAUCGAAAAGUUAGAUUGAUCGAUAUCCACGACGGAAGAAGUUGUAAUAGUUGAAUGAAAAGAAUAUAAUCGAAUAAGAAGAAGAAGAGAAGUUUACGGGGACAAAGGUUUGUGAGUGUAUGAGUGAGGGUAAAAAGUGAGUGAGAGAGGAGAGGAUGACAGGAAGAAACGUAACAAGAAGAGGAUACGGUCGGUGACAUCGGUGGGUUGGUCGGGGGUUGGUUGAUUGGUUGGGUGGUUGGAAAAGUGUCAUCGGCCCGGCAGCCAUUCUGGAUAAGAAAAAAAAGAAUAGGAUUAUUUUAUUAGGGGUGCUCGAUUAUUUCGGAUACCAUUUAAUAGUAGUAGUUGGUGGUGGUGGUAUUAAGGAAAGAGAAGAGGAGGAAAACUGGAUCACCUGCGUGGAAUGUCUUCGGGCGCCAAGCGACUGGUGCAGUCGCUUAGGGGCCGAACAGGUGGCGGUGGUAGAACAGUUGGCGGUGGGGGAGGAAGUACACGUUCGGAUGGAUUCAUCGGUGACGUUAACGUCGUCGGUUCGGCAGGAUCCAGCACCAGUGCUACGAGAUUGUGUCAUUACGACAGCGGUCACGAACUCGACGAAAUUUCUGUCGUCGGUAGUAGUGCAGCCGUUCCUGUUGUUGCCGCUACCGCCACCGGGGGAAUCGCCAUUGGUUCUUUGCCUACUCCCACUACUCCCUGCCAUUGCCCCGCUCACAAAUAUGGAAGCGGUCAAACGCUUUAUAGCAUUACCGGUCUCCCCCCCGUACCAGCGGCACCUUCUCACAGAGGAAUUCACUCCGGUGGCAUCGGAUCGACGACUGGGGGUGCAAUCGACCGUUUAAGUUGCGGUUCAGCUUCCGCAUUGGGCUACGACGUCGUCGAUAAAUACAGGGAUGGUGGUAUCGUCGAGACACCUGGAGGAGGAAGAAGAGGAGGACCUGGAGGAAUGGGAAUGGGGGGAAUGGGAGGAAUGGGAAUGGGUAUGGGUGGUGGAAGAUUGGUAUUAGGUGGUAGAGAAAGGGAAGAUGACACGAAAAGCGCGAAAAGUGCUGAAAGCAUCUCCAGAGGGGUCCUACAUUCGAGACAAAGCCUUUUGGAUCUUGUUAGCCAUAAAAUCAUGGGCAGACAUACGCCCACUCAUAAUUAUCAGGUUCAGCAGGUAUACUCUGUGUCGCAGCGAUACUUUGGUUCGUCCCGAGAUUCCCUUCAGGGUGGAUACGUUAAUCGAGGUGCUAGCGAAUUGGAUCUCAGUCGAAAAACAAGAAGGAGGGACCAGCAAAGGAGUAGAAUUAAGUUGCCCUAUGCGGUAGGUGCAACCCCGUCUCGCGAUCAUUCGCAACUUCAUCCACCGGCCUCCAUCAAUCAUCUCAGUAAUGCAAGCUGCAAUGGUACCGAAACAAGGUAUACAGCCCAACAGCAGCGACAACAACGAGGUAGUCGUGGUUUUCCUAGUCAUGCCGGAACCAAAGGUUUCCGUACAGGUGCACCCAAUUGGUCAUUCAUCUUCGACCCAGCGGGACGACUUUGUUAUUAUUGGUCAAUGGUGGUUUCCCUAGCCUUCCUUUACAACUUUUGGGUCAUCAUCUAUAGGUUUGCCUUCCAGGAAAUAAACGGCGAUACCCGCUGGAUUUGGUUCUGCCUGGACUAUUUCUCGGAUUUUUUAUACGUUCUGGAUAUAAUAUUUCAUGUAAGAACGGGAUAUUUGGAGGAUGGCGUUUUACAAACUGACGCGACCAAGUUACGGAAUCAUUAUACGAACAGCACUACGUUUUACAUAGACAUACUGUGCCUGCUGCCCCUCGACUUUUUAUACUUAUCUAUAGGAUUCAACAGUAUGCUGAGAAGUUUUAGACUCGUUAAAAUUUACCGGUUCUGGGCGUUCAUGGACAGGACCGAACGACACACGAAUUAUCCGAAUUUAUUUCGUUCCACCUCGUUGAUACAUUAUUUGCUGGUGAUCUUUCACUGGAACGGGUGCCUCUAUCACAUUAUUUAUAAGAACAACGGUUUCGGCAGUAAGAAUUGGGUAUACAACGAUUCCGAAACCGCUGACGUUGUUAAACAGUAUCUACAAAGUUACUAUUGGUGCACGUUGGCACUAACCACCAUUGGCGAUUUACCCAGGCCAAGAAGCAAGGGCGAGUAUCUCUUCGUAAUAGCUCAGCUGCUUUUUGGUUUACUCCUAUUCGCCACCGUACUGGGACACGUGGCUAACAUCGUAACUUCGGUCAGCGCGGCACGAAAAGAAUUUCAAGCAAAGUUGGACGGUGUUAAAACGUACAUGAGAAUGAGACGUGUACCUAAUCAUCUACAAGUUAAAGUUAUCAAAUGGUUCGAUUAUCUUUGGUUGACGCAAAAAUGUUCCGACGAGGAGAAAGCUGUCAGCUGUCUUCCUGACAAGCUGAAGGCCGAGAUAGCUAUAAACGUGCAUUUGGAAACACUUAGAAGGGUAGAAAUAUUUCAGAACACGGAAGCUGGUUUUCUAUGCGAGUUGGUACUCAGAUUGCGACCGGUACUUUUCUCACCUGGCGACUACAUUUGUCGAAAAGGUGAGGUAGGAAAGGAGAUGUACAUAGUUAACAGAGGUCGGCUCCAGGUUGUAGCCGAUGAUGGGAAGACAGUCCUCGCCACCCUUAAGGCGGGUUCAUACUUCGGGGAGAUCAGCAUACUCAAUAUGGGGACUGCAGGUAAUCGACGAACAGCGAGUGUGAGGUCUGUCGGCUACUCGGACCUAUUCGUUCUCAGCAAAAAGGACAUGUGGGACGUCCUUAAGGAAUAUCCAGCUGCUAGAGUUAGAUUGGAAUCAAUAGCGGUUAAAAGACUCGAGAAGUACAAGAAAGCUCCGCUUAAGAAAUUGGCAAUGAGCAGAUGUCAGAGUGCACCUGGAUUAGUAGAAUUACACGCUAGAAAGCCAAUAGAGGAUACAUUGGUGUCACCGUUAGAUGACAAAAUAAGAGGCCAGGGUUAUGCUAUUGGUGCUGGUACACGUUCACUGUUUACCCCAAGUUCGAGUCCGGUAUUAACGCGAGCUAGUGGUGUUACCGUUGAUACCGGUGUACCUAGUAGCAUCCCAACCGGUCCUAUUUUACCUGGUAACAACGUCAACGUCAACGUCAACGUCGUUAGUAGAAGUAUGGACAGCCCGAUGAGUGCCACGAGCAGUGGACAAAGUAGCGAGGAUCCAACUGCCAGGAUGCCAAGAUCGGUUGCAACUCAGCCAUCAACUGGACGACAAUCUACUCAUUCAGGUAUGACGUGCAACAGCAUGACGCAAUUAAUGAGCGAAGGUGCGACACCGUUACCCGAUGUGACCUCGCACGAAGCACUCAUAGCUGAAAUCAAACACUUGAGGGAACGUCAGUUAACGUUGGAAACGGAAAACGCAACCCUUAACGCUAGAUUGAAUCAAAGAGAAUGGAAAGUGGAACAACGUUUGGCAGAAAUCGAGUUGCAAAUUUGCGGUGUUAAGCGCGGCAAAGCAAAGAUGGAGCUUAUACGUCGUUGUAUUGAACAAGCUAGGGUCGAGGAUUCUAUUGGUUCAUUGACAAACGUCGAACUAAACGUAGGUGCAAGAUUAAGCGACACCAAAUCGAUCGGUAGCUUAAGUCAGCAUUUUUUCGAAAGCGACGAAGACGAAAGGUAUUACGGAACGUGCAACGGUUACGCCUCACAACCCGGAAGCAAAUCAAACCUGUUGCUGUGCAGCGAAUGCGAUCAAAAGACACGUACUUGCACGUACAGACCACAGACACCGGGAUCUUAUUUUGGUCGUUACGUAGAGGAACGUUUAGAUCCUAGGGAGGAUUUAACUUUCCUUAGACCGGAAUACAAGACGUCUGUCCGUAAUAGUCCAUCGCCAAGAUUGUCACGUGAUAUUCAAGAAAUCUCUACGUCGCCUAGAUCACGAAACUAUUUUCAGGAUUCACCGUCACCGAGAUCUGGUCGACAAGAGUUCAAGGAUCAACAACAACAGCAAUUAUUGUCACCCGAAUAUUUUCGUCGGGAGGAAACUUUCGUUGAAACGGAAAAACGUCAAAAACAAAAGGAAAAGGAAAAAGAGGAUAAUGAACAUGAAGAAGAUGAAGAUGAAGAAAAUGAAGAGGAAGACGAAGAUGCUGAGGAAGACGACAGUCCGGUUUGUGAGCUUUGUCACGGUAACGGUCUUGUUUUGGUUCACUGUGAACAUUGUAAUUUUUCAACCGAAGGAGAUCUCAUAUGUUUCCGUUGUCAAAGCGAUGAAAGUUCGUCUAACGGCAACAAUAGUUGUCCACGUUGCGAAAGAAGUGCUAGAAUAGCUGCUGCUGCUGCUACUGCGGUAAAUAGCGGAACUACAUCGUCCGACGAAGAUAAUCGUCAUCGUCAUACGAGUAAAUAUCCGGUAGACGCGGUAGUUAAGAUCAAAUUAAACGAUCACAUGAUAGACGUCGAUUCGGACGAUACAAAUGACAGCGAUCCAUCGAUAGAUCGUCACAGAACUCAAGUCGAACGACUCGACACUAUCGUUGAGAUCAAAGGUGACACUGCCAGUGAAAACGAUGACGAUAACAAUGGCGGCAACGGCGGCCAUGACAAUGGUGGCAAUGGUAGCACCAAAUUAAACGGAACUACGAGCGCGAGAUUUCUCAAUUACAUGAUCGUACUAUGCUUGUAAAUAAUUUAAUAUUUUAAUCGAUUAUUAUAAAAUGAUAGAUAUAUACGUCAUCGUCAUCCAAACGCAAUUUCUAUUCGCUACGCGUAUUAUUAAAAGAGAAUGAUAAUAUUAAUAAUGUGAUCGGCGAAAGUUACGAGAAAGAUAAAAUAAUUAAAAAGAACAAACUUUAGCCGAUGAUAAUUCUUAACUGUAAAUAUUAAAAAAAAAAAAAAAAGAAAAUAAAAAAAAACUGCCAAGUGACACGCGAUAGUCAAAAUCGAUAUUCUCUAAAUGCGACAUAGAAUUAAAAAGAUAACAAAAAAAAAGAUAUUAAAAAUUAAAAUUAACCCUUUCGUUACGAGCACCGGAAUUAGACGGCGUCCACUCGACUACCUGUGUGUUCGAGCGCCAGAUCUAGACGGCCUCCAUUCGAUGACCUGUGUGUACGAGCGCCGGAAUUAGACGGCCUCUUCCAAAUACCUGUGAAUACGAGCGCCGGAUCUUGACGUUAGCUCGGCGGCGCGGUGCCUCGUAUGGUGGCGUUACCCCGCGGAGCAGACUGCCGUAACGAGAGGGUUAAAUUAAAUAUGUACUUAGGUAGCUCGUAUAAACGGUAAUUGAAAAAGAAACAAAAGUGGGGGGAAAAGGUGGCAAUGAUAUUACGAAAGAAUGAAAUAGAAAACAAACGCCGAGCGAAUUGGAUCGUAAAGAAAAAUUAAUAAAUAUUAAAAAAAAAAAAGAAAGAAAGAAGAUGGAUAAAACAAUCUGUCUCAGGGACGGCCGAUCUGCCCGCAGACUUUCGUCGCCGAGCGCCAAAAAAGGAAAAAAUAAAAAAAAAGAAAAUAAGAAAAUAUUGCAAAACCAAUCCAGGCGUUCCUGCGCACGUAACCAUUAGAAUGGGUUUGUACAGAGAUCGUGAUAAUAGAAUAUAUAUAUAUAUAUAUAUAUAUAUAUAUAUAUAUAUAUAUUGUCUCUCACUUAGAAAACAUCUUCCGUUAAUUUUCUAUUCAGAUAACAAGAAACAAAUAAAUAAAAAAAAAAAAAACUAUAAAAAACGAUGAAAGAACGAGGGCUCUCGUCUCGCUGAUUGUUAGAAAAAAAAAUAAAAGAAAAUAAGGGAAAAGAAAAAACCAUACUCUCUACUAAAAGAAAGAUACGAGAAAAAAAUCGAUACGAAGCAAACAAAAAAAGAGAAAACUAGACGAAGAAUGUGCUAGAGGAAAUGUGCGAAAUAAUAUAUAUAUAUAUAUGAAGUAUAUGUAUAUAUAUACAUGCUGCCACUAAUAAAUCAAAAAAAAGAAAAAAGAAAAAACAAUUUAAAAGAAAUUUCGCGCGAGGACCUUACGAUUUAAGAUUUUUCAUACCUUUGAUCGAAUUCUUUCUUAGCUUUUACGUAAAAGCAAUAGACGCGAGCCCGUACGCGGACAUCACAUACAACACACACACACACACAAACAGCAUACAACACACAAACACAUUGACAUACAAUUUAAACACACAAAGAUAAAUGGUGAACACUCGCGUAUCGUCGAAAAAGCUAGAGAGUAAUUGUAAUAAUUAAAAAAAAAAAAAGAAAGGGAAAUAAAAAAUGAAAAAAAAAAAAACGAAAAAAGUAAUCUUACGCUUUAAUCCGCAACACGUAAGAUACGACAAAAUGUCAAUUCCUAAGAAAGAAGAAGAAGAAAAAAAAAGAAAUAAAACGCAAAUCGAUAAAGGAUCGAGGCAACAAAGCGUGUUUAAACUGCCAUCAUUUUCACAAAGGAUAAAAGGUUUUAGCUAAGAUUUUUGCACAAACCCAUACUAACUCAUGUUCGGGACCAACUAUUAUCCAUCAUUUAAUAAGCGACAAAUGCCACUUCCGAGUCUCCAACUUUCGUUCAUAGUCGUCGUUAGUCGCUCUCUAACAAACCCCCAAAAAAAAAAUUAAAAAAAAAUAAAAAAAACUAAAGAACAAUUUACGCCAGUUUCUCGACAUUCAACAAAAGUUCAACGAUACCGAAUGGUACAUAAGGGAAAAAGAAAGAAAAUGAAAAAGAAAAAAAAGAUAAUUGACAUUG